CCGAGGCGCAGUUGGGGCCCCGGCGGGUGCGGGAGCGGGUGCGGGCUCCCCGGAGCGGGCCCGCCGCGCCGCACGAUGACUCAGUCGGUGGUGGUCCAGGGUAGGCUGCGCCGCGCGGGUGGGCGCCGGGUCGCCGCGGGGCCGAGCGGCCUGGGCCGCGCCUGAUGCCCGUUCUCUUUCCUGUCUCCCUGAUCGCAGUCGGCCAGUGCGGAAACCAGAUCGGCCGCUGCUUCUGGGACCGCGCGCUGCGGGAGCACGCGGCGGUCAACCAGAAAGGAAUUUAUGAUGAGGCAAUAAGCAGCUUCUUUAGAAAUGUGGACACCAGAGUGGUUGGUGAUGGUGGCAGUAUUUCCAAGGGGAGAAUUUGUUCUUUAAAAGCACGAGCCGUCUUGAUUGACAUGGAGGAAGGGGUAGUAAAUGAAAUUCUGCAGGGACCGCUGAGAGACAUAUUUGAUAGCAGGCAGCUCAUCACUGACAUUUCUGGCUCAGGGAAUAACUGGGCUGUGGGUCACAAAAUUUUUGGCAGUCUUUAUCAAGAACAGAUUCUAGAGAAACUCAGAAAGUCGGCAGAGCAAUGUGAUUGUUUGCAGUGUUUUUUCAUAAUACAUUCCAUGGGAGGAGGAACAGGAUCUGGACUCGGCACAUUUCUUUUAAAGGUGCUUGAGGAUGAAUUCCCAGAAGUUUACAGAUUCGUGACUUCAGUUUAUCCUUCAGGUGAAGAUGAUGUCAUAACGUCGCCUUAUAAUAGCAUCUUGGCCAUGAAGGAACUUAGCGAGCAUGCACACUGUGUGUUGCCCAUUGACAACCAAUCCUUAUUUGACAUCAUUAGCAAAAUUGACCUUAUGGUGAAUUCUGGCAAGUCGGGUACAACUAUAAAGCCAGCCAGUCUGGUGACUUCAAGCACUGGGACGUUUAAAAAGCGGCAGAAGCCAUUUGAUGCGAUGAACAACAUCGUGGCAAACCUGCUGCUCAGCCUGACAAGCUCUGCCAGGUUUGAGGGGUCCCUUAAUAUGGACCUUAAUGAAAUCAGCAUGAAUUUAGUUCCUUUCCCUCAACUGCAUUAUCUGGUGUCAAGCCUAACACCUCUGUAUACACUGGCAGAUGUGAACAUUCCUCCUCGAAGGUUGGAUCAGAUGUUUUCCGAUGCCUUUAGUAAAGAUCACCAGCUAAUGCAGGCUGACCCCAAACACAGUCUUUACCUCGCCUGUGCCCUCAUGGUUAGAGGAAAUGUACAGAUCUCAGAUCUUCGCAGAAAUAUCGAAAGAUUAAAACCUUCUCUGCCAUUUGUCUCCUGGAACCCCGACGGCUGGAAGACCAGCCUGUGUCCAGUGCCGCCCGUGGGCCACUCCCACUCACUGUUAGCCUUAGCAAAUAACACUUGCGUGAGGACUGCCUUCAUAGAACUGAGAGCGCGAUUCAUGAGGCUCUACAAGAAAAAGGCUCAUCUUCAUCACUAUCUACAAGUUGAAGGGAUGGAAGAAAGCUGUUUCACAGAAGCUGUGUCCUCUUUAUCAACACUCAUACAGGAAUAUAACCAACUGGAUGACACAAAAAGCAUGCCUAUAGAAGAUUUACCUAGACUGACCAUAGCUAUGUGACAACAGAAAUCCAGAAAUAGUUUUUACUUUUUCUUAAUUUCAUAUUGUUUUUUGGUCACCUUACCUUUCUUGUGAUUCAGAAAGCCCAGUUUGUGUUUUUUGUUUUAGGAAGUAUUUUUUUCUAAAAGAAUGGUUUCCAUGUAAUCAUAAUUUUCUUAUGUUGCCAGUGUGUGAAAUGAGUGAAGUCCUAGUAUCUUCUUCAGACAUUUGUCUUCAGGAAGUUCCCCUUUUCUAAAAUUGAGAGAAUAGAGUUCUUCAACAUUUUGCUUUAUUUAUCAUCUUGUAUUUAGGCAUAUUUUAUAGUGACAAUCGUAUCUUCAAUAAAAAUCUUAUACAGAUGUA